UCUAGACUGCACCACGGACUAGCAUCUCUCUCUGGCAAACCGGCAAAAUUGGUUGGUAAAGUGGUAUGUCCUUGUUCUUGUUUAAGGACUAGGCAAGUGACAGUGGGGCAGUUAGAUUUUUCUUCAAGAGUUGAAUUUAGGUAGGUGGUGUGUUGAUUAACAGCUCUGCUUUGUUUUGUUUUGAUGAGGUGUCUGGGUUUUCAAAAGUUGAAAUGUAGUAUUCAACUCCAAAUUUAUUUUGACACUUGAGAUGAAUAUGUUUUUGCAAGUUUAAAAUUUAUUGUUAAGAUUUUUGAGAAAUUGAGAGUACAUUCAUUUUUCUUCUGGACCUAAAAUUAGGUGGGAGUUGUGGUUGCUAUUCAAAAACAAAGAAGGUGGGAGUUGUGGUUCUUGUGGGUGUCGAGAAAUUCAAUGUUGAAGAGUCUUAAGUGUGUCCUAAUCAAAUCUAUCAACAUCCUUGGAAUUGGGAAGUUAGAGAACUUGUGUUUCCAUCGGGACUGGUAAGACUGAAGUCUUGUUCUGAUUAUUUGGUGUUGAGUUUUCAAACCAGCCUUGGAGUUGGAAGCAGGGGAAACUUCUUGGAGCUUACAAGUAAAAAGAUACAGGUGCUCAAUAGUAAUUUAUCAUGUAUUAGGUGAUAAAAUCAGGCGGAUACAGGGAUCAGUUUGUGAGACCAUUGGCUUAAUUCUCUGUGACUUACCCUUCCAAAAUGAUGGCUGAAGAAGAUGAUCCAUAUCUAUCUAGGGUCAAGAUGAGACUUCCUAUUUUCAUUUUCUUCAAGGAUGUCAGAAAUGUUUUUAAACUGGAUGACCUUGGAUCAGAGAUAGCACAAAUUGCAUUGCCUGCAGCACUGGCUUUGACAGCUGACCCUAUUGCUUCUCUUGUUGACACAGCAUUCAUUGGCCAAAUAGGUCCAGUGGAACUUGCUGCUGUAGGAGUUUCUAUUGCCUUGUUCAAUCAAGUAUCUAGAAUUGCAAUAUUCCCACUUGUCAGUGUCACAACCUCUUUCGUAGCUGAGGAAGAUACUAUUGGAAGAGUGAGCUCUGAAGCACAAGAAAGUGAAUGCUUAGAAACAGGUUCAUAUGUAAACAAUGAAAGUAAAGAGUUAAUACCACAAAAAGAAUCUAGCGAGGGUGCAUACCAGCCAAAAACACUAGGAGGCAGUUUUGAUAUUGCUAAAUUUGAGCCUGAAAGAAGGCAUAUCCCAUCAGCUUCAUCAGCAUUGGUUAUUGGUGGUAUCCUUGGUCUCCUGCAGGCCAUAUUCCUGAUAUCUGGAGCAAAACCUCUAUUGAACUUCAUGGGAGUCAGUUCAGAUUCACCCAUGCUAAACCCUGCACAACAGUACUUGACAUUAAGGUCACUAGGUGCUCCUGCAGUUCUUCUCUCGUUAGCCAUGCAAGGGGUCUUUCGAGGAUUUAAAGAUACAAAAACUCCUUUAUAUGCCACUGUGGCAGGAGAUGUAACAAACAUUAUUUUGGACCCAAUAUUUAUGUUUGUUUUCCAUCUGGGUGUCAGCGGUGCAGCCAUUGCUCAUGUGAUAUCUCAGUACCUCAUUUCAGUUAUACUCUUGUGGAAGUUAAUGAGUCAAGUUGACCUCUUGCCUCCUAGUUUAAAGCAUCUACAGUUCAGUAGAUUUCUUAAGAAUGGUUUUCUAUUGUUAAUAAGGGUUAUGGCUGUUACAUUCUGUAUCACCCUGUCUGCAUCAAUGGCUGCCAGACAGGGAUCAACAUCCAUGGCUGCAUUCCAAGUAUGCUUGCAGGUUUGGUUGGCGACAUCUCUUCUUGCUGAUGGGUUGGCUGUUGCUGGACAGGCCAUUCUUGCAAGUGCAUUUGCAAAAGGGGACCAUGAAAAGGCAACAGCCACUGCUUCUCGAGUAUUGCAGUUAGGAUUGGUUCUGGGUUUGAUACUUGCAGUCGUACUUGGAGGGGGAUUGAGUUUUGGAGCAAAAUUAUUUACGAAAGAUGUCAAUGUCCUACACCUCAUUGGUACAGGCAUUCCGUUUGUUGCAGCUACUCAGCCCAUCAAUUCUUUAGCAUUUGUAUUUGAUGGUGUCAACUUUGGAGCAUCUGACUUUGCAUAUUCUGCCUUCUCCUUGGUUCUUGUAGCUAUUGUCAGCAUCAUAUGUUUGUCCAUUCUCUCCUCCAGUCGUGGAUUUAUUGGUCUCUGGAUAGCUCUGACCAUAUAUAUGAGUCUUCGAGCAUUCGCUGGAUUUUGGAGGAUAGGGACAGGAACAGGGCCUUGGAAGUUUCUCAGGGUCUGAAUGUAGCUUGCUUAUGUUUUUUGGUUUUGACAAGUAUCAGCUUUGCAAGUCUUCCUCUGAAGCUGCAUUCUUGUUUCCAUAAUUUUAUCCUCAUGGAAACAAUUUUAGCAGCCAAAGCAUUUUUACUGCUUUCUAUCAUGCUCUUAGCUUUGGUUCCUUCAAACUUGCUUCGUCUAUUUAUCUGCACAGAAAUUUGAAGUCGCUCAUUAAAGUUGCUUUAUAAAUGUAAAGAAGAAAGUUAAGGACAAACUUCCUUGGUCUGAUGCUGAGAAGCAUUGGAGUAUGUACAGCAAAUAAAGCUUAAGAUGCAUUGCUUGGAAUUUUUAU